CAAAAAAUCGACCGCUUGCUGGACCUGAGCCCCUGCGACAAAUACUCAAGGGAGGAGCUUCUCAAUAUAGACUCUGUCGAGAACCCUGAACACAAGGUGGACAUGUUGAUCAACCUAGUGGCCAAGAUCCACGUCAAUUUCCGAUGGAAUUAUGUCAAACCGGAAGAGCUCUGCAAAGGGUACACGGUCGUUACCAACUGCAAAAAGGAGAAAAAGAAAGACUCUGAGGGUCAGACGACCCCCAAGAGACCGAUGAACGCUUUCAUGAUAUGGUCAAUGAAGUGCCGGACCCUCAUUUCCCACAUCUCCCCUCAACUCCACAACGCCAUCAUCAGCACCAAACUCGGGGCCGCCUGGAGA